CGCGAGGAGGCCGCGGUCUCGCCAGUACGGUGACGCGUUUUCCGCGCGCGCGACACACGCCUUGCGUUCCCUCUUUCGCCGUCUUCCGCGGCUUCGCGCGCGAAAGGGCUUCCCUCCGCGAGUUAUUCCCGAUCGAUCACACCGGGGACCGUCCCCGGAUGAAGGUCGAGGCGGCUCAGUCGAAGCCUGCGUUUCGAUCGGCGAACACGCGUCGACGCCGCUCUUUUUUUCUUUCGCGAUCCGCGGAAAGUGAACCGUGAUUCGGACAUUUUUCUUCUUGCUGUCUCUUCCGCGAGGAAGUCCUUUGAAAGUGUCACUGUCCGGGCGAGUUCUCUUUCAGUUUUUUUUAGCAGUGAGUCGAGUGUCCUGCGUUCCAACGGAGUUUCAGUGCGAAGUAUUUAUUCCGAUUGUUCUGUUUGGAUUCGAGAUAUUGGAGUUUGAAUAAAGUUAUCCACCGACGAAACCCGAGUCCCAGUCGCCCUAUGACGACGCCGGUCCCGCGAAAGCGCCGCGCCGAACGGAGAUCGAACGAUCCCGGGUGUUCCGUGUGAAACUAUCGCGUGCAACCAUCGAGGUUGGACGUAGGAUCGUCACGAUGGUGGUGUCGCACCGCGAGGGCAGCAUCUCGUCGAACAUACGGGCGAUAAUCGAGCAGCUGAACCUGAACCCAGUCGAGAGGCGGCGUCUGAUCGACCGCACGAAACAAGACGCGCCGCGAUGCAAGAGCUUCCCCAGCGUACAGACCACCGCGAAGAUCAGCAUCGGCGUCUAUGGGUGCAAGGAGAAGGUCGAGUACGAGAUACCCGGCUCGAUCCGGCGGAUGUUCGAGGAUCGGUCCAGGAGCAAGCCGGAAAUCAGCCAGACGAUGAAGAUCGAGCGCGAUGCUAACGUGAUCGAGGACAAGGCCGUGGAGAGCAGCAGGGGACUCGGAUCGAUAAGACCACCGUGCAAAAUGGAGGAUCGGCCGCGGCCGAAGCCGGAGAUCAGGCGUGCAGUCCAUUCGGCGAAGAGAGAGCAGCAACAGCAGCCAAUGCGCGUCGAAGCCGAUACGAUCGAGGUAAUCGAUCGGAUCUCUUGAGCGUCCCGGGCUAAUAGGAACGUGAUAGAGUGGCCGAUCGUUCGUGUCGAUCCUAGACAUUGCUCGGAUCGAGGGGACCGCUAUAUACGGGGACACGUUACGAUUUAUCACGCGAUUCUGCUUCGACACGAUGCUUUUUAAGAAUACGAUUAGAAACCUGGAAUUUCGAUGGAACAUUCUUUUUCGUAUACGAUAUAAGAAAGUGUUACACUUUAAAUGUUUUGUAUUUUUAUGUCUUGUAUAGUCUUUCUUGUGUAACUUUGUACUUUCGAACAUUGACAUCUUAAUUGAUAAUUGACAAUGUAGAAUAUUUUGAGUUGUUCAAAGUAAUCGAACCGAUGAUCGGUAUGAUUUAGACACGGCUGAUAGCGUAUCCGGAUUAAUUGACUGAUUAAAAUUAAUUGGAACGGGACGCAAAAUUCCAAAUUCGAACGAGCAGAAAUUACAUUGGACUAACCAAUUCUCACAUAUCAGCGCAUCUUUAACCUGUUAACCGGAUGAUCACUUGGGUACGAGCAAAACAAAGGAAGACGAUAACGAUUCGAUCAGUUUACUCCACGACGGAUGGAGUUAUAAUUUCAUACCCAUUUCCCGAGACAUUACGACACGAAUGCUACGCAACUGAACGCAAAAAAAUGUCGAUGAACACAUAAGAAAGCUAGAAAUCGACUGACGAUGGGGGCGAACGUAAACACAACCAGUACAGUGGUCAUUCCCGGUUAACAGGCUAAGUAUAUACAAUCGUAGAGCAUGUGGCGUCGGCCAACCGUUGCUGCUCGCCGUAACGACCCGCGAUACCGUGCGAUAAAUCGUAACGUGCACGGGCCCCUCACGA